AUGUCUUCGCCGGACGACGACGACCGCAACCUCUUCGCCGGCGUCCGCUUCCUCCUCCUCGGCUUCGACAGCGUCUCCGAGUCCCAGUACCGGGCGGAGAUGGUCCGGCGCGGCGGCGCCGACGCCGGGCGGCUCGGCGGCGGCUGCACCCACGUCGUCGCCUGCGGCCGCGUCUACGAUGACCCCGUGUGCGUGGCGGCGCGGGCGCAGGGCCACAAGGUCGUCAGCGAGCUCUGGGUCGACGACAGCUUGGACCGGGCCGUUCUCGCCGAUGCCGACAGGGUUAUUUAUUGGCCAACGAGAGAUUUGAAGGGAAUACCGGGCAGUGACGAACUCCGGGUCUGUUUGACGGGGUACCAAAGGAAUGACCGUGAAGAUAUAAUGAAAAUGGUCGCUUUGAUGGGCGCACACUUCUCCAAGCCUUUGGUAGGAGGCGUUGUCACUCAUCUCGUUUGCUAUAAAUUUGAAGGUGAGAAGUACGACCUUGCUAAAAAAGUGAAGAUCAAGCUUACUAAUCACCGGUGGUUGGAAGAUUGUUUAAAGUCAUGGGAAAUUCUUCCAGUAGAUGAUUAUAGCAAGAGUAGUUGGGAACUAGAGAUGAUGGAGGCGCAAGUCAAGGAUUCGGACGACGAAGUAGAAGAUGUAGACAGAAAGCCAUUCAACAGCAGAUCUAGUGUUAAGCGCACUCCCAACCCCAAAAAUAGCAUGAGAACUUCUGGCAAUCCUGGCGUCAAUGCACAGAUCUGUCCACCUAUUCCCAAUGAUGAUAAAAAUAUGGCCGUGGAUAGGCAUCUGAACACUCCAAGUCAGAUCAAGAAGGAAGGAAAUAUGAUCAAGAAGACACAUGAUAUCGGAGCUCAACUUCAAGGCACUCCUAACUUUAGUAGGUUAGCAAGUUCCGCUAACACUGAUAGUGCGGCUCCCAUUCAAACUGCAUUUGUUAAGAGUGGCAAUAGAGUGGAAGCUGCAGUAAGAAAUCUGAACAGUCCAAAUCAGGUCCAUGCAGCCGAAUACGAAUAUGUUAACACUUCAGGUCAGAUCAGAAAGGAAGAAAAUAUGGUCAAGAAGACACAUGAUAUCACAGCUCAACUUCAAGCCAGUCCUAACUUCAGUAGGUUAGCAAGUUCCGCUAACACUGAUGGUGCUGCUCCCAUUCAAAUUCCAUUUGGUAACAGUGACAACAGAGAGGAAGCUGCAGUAAGAAAUCUGAACAGUCCAAAUCAGUUACAGGCAGCUGAAUAUGAAUAUGUUAACACUUCAGGUCAGACCAGAAAGGAAGAAAAUAUGAUCAAGAAGACACAUGAUAUCACAGCUCAACUUCAAGCCACUCCUAACUUCAGUAGGUUCGCAAGUUCUGUGGAUACUGAUAGUGGGGCUCCCAUUCAACCUCCAUUUGUUAACAGUGGCAAUAGAGAGGAAGCUGCAGUAAGAAAUCUGAACAAUCCAAAUCAGGUCCAGGUAGCCGAAUACAAAGAUGUUGGAACAGACAUUGCAACUGGUGCACCAGGCGCUCCAAGCUCAAGCGAUAUUGCAACUGGUGCACCAGGCACUCCAAGCUCAAGCACAAUGGCAGUUCCUGCUAACCAUCAUUUUCAUUCCUCAAAUGACACCCUCAUGGCACCAAAGAACACAGCAACUCCUAGAGCUAGGAAAACAGGUGCCAGGAGACCCUGCAGUGCUAGCAUGGAGGUUGAUGGGUCAGUGGUUAAUAAUGGCAAGGCAGUUGUUUCUGAAUCAGAGACUGACAAAAUGAUUCCUUGUCAGCAGGCUGGUACAAUCCCUAAAGAUGGCUCCAGCAUUGCAAGUGCAACGGAAAGAGAAAUAACUUCUCUAAAGAAAUUUCCAGUUGGCACUCCUAGCUCAAGCAGGAUGUCAGUUCCUGCUAACCAUCAUUUCAUCUCCUCAAAUGAGACCCUCACGGUACCAAAGACCAAGGCAACUCCUAGAGCAAGGAACACUGGUGCUAAGAGACCCCACAGUGAUAGCAUGGAGGUUGAUGGAUCAGUGGUUAACAAUGGUAAGGCAGUAGUUUCUGAAUCAGGGACUGAAAAAAUGCUUCCUUGCCAGCUUGCUAGUGCAACAUCUAAAAAGGGCUCCAGUAGUGCAAGUGUAACAGAACGAAAAACAACUUCUUCAAAGAAAGUUCCAUUUGGUGGAGUCAGGAGUGCCCAUGCGAAGAGGCAGGAGAGUGUACACAUUGAAGUAAAUGAUGCACAGGUCGGAUCUGAGUUGGAGUUAAAUAAAGUGAUUUCUCAGGAAAACAUUGAGACAGGUCCUAAGAGGUUUUGUAGCAGUGCACUUGAUGCUGAACAUGAAAGAAAGUCACCCAAGAAAUUGCCUAAUACGAGGGUGAAAAGUACAGUUGCCAAGAAGUCUCGAAAAUCUGACAACAACAUGACCACUGAAUCACCAGCUGAUGAAGCUGAAAAAGUACCUGCAGAGUCACUGUUUGAUGAUUUGUUUCCUUCAGAAAAUGUAGAAGAUUGCCCUAAAAAGCUUUCAAGUACUGCAAGUGUGGAUGGUUGUGAUGCAAUUUCUCUUGAGAACAUGUCGAAAAGUAGAGCUAGGAAAGUGGUUGCCAAGAGGAAAAUAAAAGCCGUGGAAGACAAAUCAGGCAGCAAGCAUAACAAAAUUGGUAGUGCACUUGUAUCUGCAGCUAAAGCAUUCUCAUCAAAGAGAAUGGAGAGCACAAGCAAUAUCGAUGAAGUAACUGCCGACCAGGACUCCCAGAAGGACAAUAAUGAUGCUAUGAGAGAUGUAUCUGUAUCUUCUUGCAAAGACACUCUCACCGUAGAAAAAUUAGAAGGAAUGCACAAGUCUAAGUUGAGAUGUAGUGAAAGAAAUAAAGCUCUUGCUUCAGACCAUGACAAAGAGAACCAACAAGACAAUGGCAAUCUCAGUUCUAAAUCGGAUUGUGGAAAAGGUGGUUUGAACUCCAAAUUUGCUUUGAGAAGUGCAAGAAAUAAAGCUCCUGCUUCAGACCAUGACAAAGAGAACCGGCACGACCCUGGUAAUCUCAGUUCUAAAUCCGAUUGUGAAAAUCGUGGUUUGAAUUCCAAGUUCGAUUUGGAAUCAGCGAAGAAAAACACAGAUAUGCUGGACAAGCAUGGAGGGAGAGAAGGAAAUGGAGCUGGAACCUUCAUCACAUUGGACCCUACAUGCUUUAUUUUAAGUGGACAUCGUUGGCAGAGAAGAGAUUAUAGGUCAAUACUUAGACGCCUGAAGGGAAGAGUUUGCAGGGAUUCACAUCAUUGGUCAUAUCAAGCAACACAUUUUAUUGCUCCGGACCCUCUUAGGAGAACUGAAAAGUUCUUCGCAGCAGCUGCUGCAGGCAGGUGGAUACUCAAGCCUGAUUACUUGACCUCUUGCAAUGAGGCUGGCAAGUUGUUAGAUGAAGGGCCGUUUGAAUGGUCUGGCACUGGCCUCAAUGAGGGUGAAACAAUUAGCUUUGAAGCUCCCAGGAAAUGGCGUGCUAUAAAGCAACAGAUGGGUCAUGGUGCCUUCUACGGAAUGCAGAUAAUUGUGUAUGGACAGCUCAUUGCUCCUUCACUGGAUACUGUGAAGCGUGCGGUGCGUGCAGGCGAUGGCAACAUCUUGGCAACCUCUCCACCAUAUACCCGGUUCUUGAACUCUGGCGUUGACUUCGCUGUUAUCUCAGCGAGCAUGCCCAGUGCAGAUGCAUGGGUUCAGGAAUUCAUCAGUCACAACAUCCCAUGUGUCAGCGCUGACUACCUGGUCGAGUACGUGUGCAAGCCUGGGUACCCCUACAGACACGUUCUCUUCAAGACGAACCGUCUGGCCAACAAGUCCCUUGCCAAACUGCUGAAAAACCAACAAGAGGUGGCCACGGAUGAUCUGGAAGAACUCGAGGAUGAUGAUCCUGCUGAUGACCUGAGCUGCUCAGUUUGCGGGAGCACGGACCGGGGAGAGGUGAUGCUGAUCUGUGGCAGCGAGGACGGCUCGGUUGGCUGCGGCGCUGGCAUGCACAUUGAUUGCUGCGACCCUCCUCUGGAGUGUGUCCCAGAUGACGACUGGCUGUGCCCCAAGUGCGAUGUGUCCAAAGCCAAGAAGAAACCUUCGGCCCCAAGCAAAUCGAGAGGAUCAAAGCGGCGGAGGUGA